AUGGUGUACAAGUGCCUUCACCGUGUACAAGUGCAUUCACGGUAUACAAGUGCCUUCACAGUGUAUAAGGUGCCUUCACCGUGUACAAGUGCCUUCACGGUGUACAGGUGCCUUCACUGUGUACAAGUGCCUUCACGGUGUACAAGUGCCUUCACCGUGUACAAGUGCCUUCACCGUGUACAGAUGCCUUCACGGUGCAAAAGUGCCUUCACGGUGUACAGGAGGCUUCACGGUGUAAAAGAGCCUUCACCGUGUACAAGUGCCUUCACGGUGCACAGGUGCCUUCACCUUGUACAAGUGCCUUCACGGUGUACAAGUGCCUUCCUGGUGUACAAGUGCCUACACGGUGUACAAGUGCCUUCACGGUGUACAAGUGCCUCACCGUGUACAAAUGCCUUCAUGGUGUACAAAUGCCUUCACCGUGUACAAGUGCCUUCACCGUGUACAGGUGCCUUCACGGUGUACAAGUGCCUUCACGGUGUACAAGUGCCUUCACGGUGUACAAGUGCCUUCACGGUGUACAGGUGCCUUCACGGUGUACAAGUGCCUUCAUCGUGUACAAGUGUCUUCACGGUGUACAAGUGCCUUCACCGUGUACAAGUGCCUUCACGGUGUACAAGUGCCUUCACGGUGUACAAGUGCCUUCACGGUGUACAAGUGCCUUCACGGUGUACAGGUGCCUUCACGGUGUACAGGUGCCUUCACCUUGUACAAGUGCCUUCACGGUGUACAAGUGCAUUCACGGUGUACAAGUGCCUUCACGGUGUACAAGUGCCUUCACUGUGUACAAGUGCUUUCACGGUGAGCAAGUGCCUUCACGGUGUACAAGUGCCUUCACGGUGUACAAGUGCCUUCACCGUGUACAAGUGCCUUCGCCGUGUACAAGUGCCUUCACGGUGUACAAGUGCAUUCACGGUGUACAAGUGCCUUCACGGUGUACAGGUGCCUUCACCGUGUACAAGUGCCUUCACGGUGUACAAGUGCCUUCACCGUGUACAAGUGCCUUCACCGUGUACAUGUGCCUUCACCGUGGAAAAGUGCCUUCACGGUGUACAAGUGCCUUCACGGUGUACAAGUGCUUUUUCGGUGUACAAGUACCUUCACCGUGUACAGGAACAAUCUUCAAACACACAACACUCAAUCAAAAGAUUGUGA